AUGCCAGCGACAACUACCUCCAGGCUCGGCGGCACAUCUGUCGCCGCUGACGUUAUCAUCGUCGGUGCCGGCUUCGGGGGCUGCUAUGCCUUGCACGAGGUGAGGCAGCAGGGCUACACUACCAAAAUACUCGAAUCCGGGCAAGACUUUGGCGGGGUCUGGCACUUCAACAAGUAUCCAGGCGCGCGAGUGGACUCGGAAACGCCUCUCUACCAGCUUGGCCUGGAGCAGGUGUACGACGACUUUAGCUUCUCCGAGCGCUUUCCCGGCAGUGACGAGAUUCGCCAGUACUUUGCACACUUGGAUAAGACACUGGACCUACGGAAAGACACCAUAUUCGACUCCAAAGUAGUCAACGUCGAAUAUGACCCCUCAUCAAACACUUGGAGCCUCAGCAGCGCCUCGGGACUAACAGCGACAUGCCGCUACGUCAUCUUCGCCGCGGGAAGCAGCAACAAGCGCUACAUACCUGACUUCCCGAAGCUCAAUGAGUUUCGAGGUGAAGUGAUUCACCCCGCUCAGUGGCCCGAGGACCUCAGUCUGGAGGGCAAAAAGAUUGGCAUCAUCGGGCAGGGCGCCUCCGGACUGCAAAUCGUCCAGGAACUGGCCAAGAGGGACUGCGAGCUGACAGUCUUUGUGCGAACCCCCUGCACGGCGAUUCCCAUGGGUCAGCGCAACAUCCCACGACAUGAGGCGGAGGAGCUCAAGAGUCUUUACGGAAGCCUCUGGCAAAAGGCCAAGUACGCGAGCGUGCACGGCUAUGCCUACAACGACUGCCCCUUCUCGUUCCACGACCUCACACGAGACGAGCGGCAUGCGCUGUACGAGCGACUCUGGGCCAGGGGAGGAUUUGCGUUCUUCUCCUUGCUGUUCCGCGACUAUACUGUGGACAAGGAGGCCAACGCUGAAGUGUACAGCUUUUGGGCGAGCAAAGUCCGCGCGCGCAUCACGGACCCCGAGAAGCGCGACAUCAUGGCCCCCCUCGAGCAGCUCCACUGGAUCUGCACCAAGCGCCCGAGCCUCGAAAUGGACUACUACGAGAUGAUUGACCGGCCGAACGUGAAGCUGGUGGACUUGAAGGAGACGGCAAUCCGGGAGUUCGUGGCCAAUGGCGUGACGACGGACGAGGGCAAGCUGCACGAACUCGACGUGGUCGUGUUCGCGACAGGGUAUGACUCUGUGACGGGCAGCCUGUACGAUAUGAACAUUCACGAUAAGAAUGGUGUGCUUCUGCAGAAGAAGUGGAAGGACGGGAUCAAGACGCACCUGGGCAUGAUGGUGCCGGACCUUCCCAACGCAUUCGUCCUGUACGGUCCACAGGCGCCCACAUCGCUUGCCAACGGACCACCCUUCCUGGAGCUGCAGGUGGAAUGGGUGACCAAGGUCCUACAGCGGAUGAAGGAGGACGACCUCUGUACGCUGGAAGCAUCUCCCGCUGCCGCCGCGGCGUGGGCAGAGCUCUCGUACCAGAUCUUCCAGGCUAUGCUAUAUCGAGAUACGCCGUCGUGGUAUAACGGCGCAAACAUUCCGGGGAAGCGACAGGAGCCGCUGAUUUGGUUGGGGGGCGUCAAGGCCUGGUGGGAGGCUUGUAAUGACGCACUCGAAGACUGGUCCACGUUCACCGUGAUGAAAUAGAGGGCAUCGAGGCGCCGUCCAUUGCAUUCGCAGGUGUCUAUUACAGAGUAUAUCGAAGCAAGUUGCUUAGCGCUGGUGAA